AUGUCUUUUCAACUCGCAAGACAUCUGUUCCGUGCCACCCGCAGAACCACACAAGCGACCCAGAUCCGAAAACUAAGCUACAACACGAGAAAGAUGGCUCAGCCAACUCCCGCCAGCCAGGCGAUUUCGGAGACUGCCAAGCAGGAAGGAGGCCCAAGCCCAGGGAGCACUUCAGCUCAAAUGCAGAGUCAAGUUGGCAAGACGCGCAACUUCGAGCAGGCAGCUGAAGAGGUAUCCUAGAGGCCGACGCAGUGAUCGUGGCGGAGACCGACUGACAGAACUUCUGCAGGUUGGCGCGAAGAUGCGGAAUGAUCCAGCUAGCGUCACUUCGGAGGACGCACGAUACCUCAAGUCACGAGAGGCUAGACUUACGGGCCAGUAAGUGUCUGGAGAAUCUUCUGUUUGAAGCAGCAAAAGGAAGGUACUCACAUCACCCUCCACAGGAACCAGCCACCGUCAGAUUCCAUAAGCGCCGACGCUGAGCGCCUCGCCUCUGCCAACGAGGGCGCCACCAAGCAAUCCAAUCCCAAGGCCGACCUCGAUCCAGCUGGGCAAUCGGCAGCCGACCGUCUCCAGAAUUUCGAAAACGCAGCGGAGGAUGUUGCACCAAAGAUGGCCACGGACCCAGAGCACGUCACCAAGUAAGUAUUGUCCCCAUUUUUACAUUUUGCAGUCCAUUUACUCAUUCUUUCCCAGGGAGGAAGCAGAUCUCUUGCACAGGUAAGUCCCAAAGGCUAAAAUCCUCGCCAAUGCAUUACUCGUACCCAAUCGUCAGCCAACGGCCCCGUCGUCUUUCUCGCUUCGCAUUGCCCGAGACGUCAAUUUAUCUGCUAACUGUUUGGGUGCGGCAGCCGCGAGCAGCGAGCCUUUGGUCAGACCUCCAAGGGUGGCGUCGCCUCUCAGGCGCAGAGUCUCGCAGCCGAGAACGAGCAGAAGGGAAAUGUCUGA